GGUCCGACGGGGGCGCGUCGCCGGGCCGCCAUGGUGGAGAGAGCGGCGGCGGAGCUCGACUCGUUCCGCCGCCGCUGGCGGGCGGAGCUGGCCCGAGACGGCCCGAGGCGGAGGAGGAAGAGCGGCGGGGGCCGGAAGAGGCCGCGAGAGGCGGAGGGCGAAGAGCCGCAGCCGGUGCGAGGCUGGGGCGUCUGCGGAGGUCUCCUUGGAGGGCUGCUGGAGGAAGAACCGCCGCCUCAGCGGCCCCCCCGCAGCCCCCCCUUGCCGGGCCCCGUCGUUGACCCCGGCCUCACCGCCGAGACCCCCGGAGGAGGAGGAGGAGGAAAGGAGGACCUUCUGGGGCAGCUCAUUCAGGACUUGAAUGAAAUAAACGAAGUUCCCUUUUUUGAUGUGCAGCUGCCUUACGAGUUGGCCUUAAAAAUAUUUCAGUUCCUUGGCAGAAUGGAGCUGGGGAGGUGUGCUCAGGUAAGCCGAGCUUGGAAGGUACUUGCCGAAGAUCAAGUCCUGUGGUUCUGGCUUUGUCAACAGGAAGGUUAUCUGUCUGACAAUCAAAUCUCAGACUUUCCCUGUUGGAAACAGACCCUCCGGGAAUGUCGGGAGAAAGAGCAGACUUUGCGCACCAAUUGGAAGAACCGUGUGGGGGCUGUGAGCCAGUUGCAGCACGAAGUCGGGAACAUUCUGUGCGAUGUGCAUUCUUGCCACGGAGUGGUCAUCGCAGGAUACACGUCAGGCGAUGUGAAGCUGUGGGACACGCGCACCUGGGACUAUUCGGCCCCCGUCCUGGAACCGGAGCACGGCUCGGCAGAGCUUGGCCCCCGGCCACAUGCCUCCUUUGUGAGAAUAAACAGCUCCCUGGCUGUGGCAGCAUAUGAGGAUGGGUCAGUUAAGGUGUGGAGCCUGCUGGUUGGUUCUGAGCCAAUCCACUGGUACCAACACAACCAGAAGAUUCAAGCGAUGGCCCUUUCAACUGAGGGGGCCACCAUAGCAACUGCAUCCGGGUUCCAGGUCAAAGUGGAAAGUGCCAGUGACAAGGGAUAUUGGGGAACUGUUGCAGACUUUGAGGUUCAGAAAUGGGUCAGCUUGCUCUGUCUUGUGCCCCAUGCUUUGGGCCGCCCAGCUGUAGUGGUUGCAGCAGAGGACGCAAUCUACUUCUUGAAGGAUGGAGGGCCAGCUAAAGUCCUGCACUGUGUCUAUGGCCAGCCUGUCACAUGCCUGGACAUCUCAGCCAACGAGGUGGCAUUUGGAGUCAGGGGCUUCGGCUGGCUGAUUAACGAAACCAACAAGAUCCUUCUCUACAACUUGGAAACGGGGCAGUGCCUAACGCAACUCAGCAGCCCUUUGGGUGACUUCACGUGCCUCAACCUCCAGGACAGUCCUCCGCACAUGCUGGUGGCUGGAAAUAAAGCUAGGAGGGUGAUGGUGUAUGACCUCCGCAGAAGCGAACCUGUCUCCUCGCUCUACGGCCACCAGUUGGGUGUUUCUGUGGUGCAGAUGGAUGACUGGAAGGUCGUCAGCGGAGGAGAGGAAGGGCUGGUCUGUGUGUGGGAUCAGCGGAUGGGCACCAAGCUCUGGGAAAUGCAUGCCAGGCACCCUGUCCGCCACCUCCGGUUCAACUCCCAUAGCCUCAUCACGGCCAACAUCCCAAAUGAAAAAACUCCGCGAGGUGCCAGCAUCACGGACGACGACUUGACCGCUCACCGAAGACAUCGAGGCCUCAUCUAUGCCUACGAGUUCUCCACGGACCCGUUGCUGGCUGAAAGCGUGCUUCCCAUCUGCCGCUCCUCUUACAACGAAGCGGCCGGCUACAACUACAAUGUUGGCCUCGCGGUCCCCUAUGACAACAUCUAGGUAGUGUGGGAAGAGGGGAAGUUCAAGGCCAACUGAGCCGGGCCCUGGAGGAGGAGACCCCAAGGAUGGACUCCCUUGGAGGACCUGGAAGCAGCAGGCUGGCCAAGCAAGCAGCAGAAGCAGCGGGGUGCGUGGUCUCCCCAAAGCUCCAACCACAGCACUGUGGGAAUGGAGAAGAGAUGCUGGCCCACGGGAGCCACGCCGUGCUUGGCAAUGAUCAGGAAGUCGUAAUAAAGGCAGUAGCCCAAGUGUGCAAGAGGCCAGUCUGGUGGAAUGGAGAACACAUUCCUUGCACAGAACUGAAAUGGUUCAGCCCUGCUUUUCUGGAGCAGGUGCCACCUGAAACAGCUUUCCUCCUGGACAACUUUAGAGGAAGGGACUUUGGAGUGUUUUCCUGUAAAUAAAGUCUCUUUGUUAAGUGAUAUCUUGGGGCAAGGGGGUUGGCGUGCUCAAAGGUGACUGUUGUAUUGUCAGUGGUGCUUGGUCUCGAAACCCCAAAUUAGGAGGAGAAGGUCCAGAGCCCCCACCAGUAAGGGGGAAAAUUCUGUCACGCCUUCAGCGGCUGCCCCUCUUCAACCACAGGUAAGUCAAGUCAAGCAAAAAGGGCGUGUGUGUAAAUAUCCAGACUUCUCCAUCUCCUCUUGCGCUUUGCCUGAUUGCACCAGGAUUGCCCUCCCUGGGGCUGCUGGGAGUUGUAGUUCAUCAACACAGGGAGGGUAGGCUCGGUGCAACCAGACGGAGCAUGGGGCUCUCCGUGGCCUGAUCCGGUCUCUCCCUGCUGGAAAGACCGGAUCAGGCAAACCUUGCUGGCUCGGUCAAAGAACAAAGCC